AGAGAAUGUAGGCUGGUUAUUUCUGAAGUCAGGAAGAACGCCUGUCCUUCCUCUAUUGUGGACUUUUUGGCUGCUUUGACACUUGAACUGAAGGUCUUUGCUUUUGUUCUCCUCUUUUUCACUCGCAAUGCUGAGACUCAGAUUGCUGUAGUGAGGGGUAAAAAAAAAAAAAAAGUAAAACUAGGAGCUCUUUAAUCCUAGAAAAAGAGCUUUGUAGCAGUUACCUUCAAGAAAAGCUUACUUCCCAGAGGAGUAUUUAAUAUUACAUGGUCACUGGCUGACUGAAGAGAGAGAGAGAGAGAAUGGAUAUAUAAGAGAAUGAGAAUAUGAAAAUUCAAGCCAGCAAGAAAGAAAGAUACUUAGCUAAAGAUGAAGGGGAAUUUUGCCUCUUCUUGAGAGUUAUAUUAUUAGCUUUUUUUUUAAAUCAUGAUGACUGCUAGUUUUGUUUAAAGUAUUUGUUCUGGAAAUACUAAAGUUGGAGUCUACCAGACUGAGGUUAGAAGCAUUUUCUUUGGCAGCAAGAAGACACUUUUAUAGAAGCCAUGCCUGUACUUGGGGUUGCCUCAGAAUUGAGGCAGCCAGCUGUUGGGUCAAAGCCUGUUCAUACUGCUCUUCCGAUACCAAAUCUUGGCACUACUGGGUCACAGCACUGUUCUUCAAGACCUUUGGAACUUACUGAAACAGAGAGCUCAAUGCUUUCUUGUCAGCUCACAUUACACUCAACUUGUGAAUUUGAAGAGAAGAAACUCCUCCAAGGAAAAACGAAGGAGACAGAAGACAGCAAGAUUUACACGGACUGGGCUAACCACUACCUAGCAAAAUCAGGCCACAAGCGGCUGAUCAAGGAUUUGCAACAAGACAUUGCAGAUGGAGUACUGCUAGCCGAAAUCAUCCAGAUCAUUGCAAAUGAAAAAGUUGAAGAUAUCAAUGGAUGUCCUAGGAGUCAAUCUCAGAUGAUUGAAAAUGUUGAUGUCUGCCUUAGCUUUCUAGCAGCCAGAGGAGUAAAUGUUCAAGGUCUAUCUGCUGAAGAAAUAAGAAAUGGAAACUUAAAAGCCAUUCUAGGACUGUUUUUCAGUUUGUCUCGCUACAAGCAGCAACAACACCAUCAACAGCAGUAUUACCAGUCCUUGGUGGAACUUCAGCAGGGCGUCUCUCACGCCUCCCCUCAGGCAGAAGCCAGUCAGGCCAAAACCCAACAAGAUAUGCAGUCCAGUCUGGCAGCCAGAUAUGCAACUCAGUCUAAUCACAGUGGAAUUGCAACCAGUCAAAAAAAGCCUACUAGGCUUCCAGGUCCCUCUAGGGUGCCAACUGCAGGCAGCAGCAGCAAGGUCCAGGGAGCCUCCAAUUUAAAUAGGAGAAGUCAGAGCUUUAACAGCAUUGACAAAAACAAGCCUCCAAAUUAUGCAAAUGGCAGUGAAAAAGAUUCCUCCAAAGGACCUCAGCCAUCUUCAGGUGUAAAUGGUAGCAUGCAGCCCCCCGGCACAGCUGGGCAGCCCCCUGCCUCCGCCAUCCCUUCUCCCAGCACCAGCAAGCCCUGGCGCAGCAAGUCCAUGAACGCCAAGCACAGCGCCACCUCCACCAUGCUGGCCGUGAAGCAGGCGAGCCCGGCCACCUCCCCCACACCGUCUGCAGACAGACUGAAGCCCGCUGCCUCAGAAGGGGUCAAAACAGCUCCCUCGGGACAGAAAUCCAUGCUUGAGAAAUUCAAGCUGGUCAACGCCCGGACUGCUUUACGCCCCCCACAGUCUCCCAGUUCAGGACUCAGUGAUGGUGGGAAGGAGGACGAUGCCUUUUCUGAAUCUGGUGAGAUGGAAGGUUUUAACAGUGGUCUGAACAGCGGUGGCUCAACAAAUAGCAGCCCCAAAGUGUCACCUAAAUUAACCCCUCCAAAAGCUGGAAGCAAAAAUCUCAGCAAUAAAAAGUCUUUGCUACAGCCAAAGGAAAAAGAGGAAAAGGGCAGGGACAAAACUAAAGUGUGCACUGAAAAACCAGUCAAGGACGAGAGAGAUCAGGUGAUGGAGCCGGCUCCAAAAAAGACCUCUAAAAUUGCAAGCUUAAUCCCAAAGGGCAGCAAGACAACGGCAGCCAAGAAGGAAAGCUUAAUCCCAUCCUCCAGUGGGAUUCCGAAACCUGGCUCCAAGGUGCCCACGGCGAAGCAGACCGUUUGCCCUGGCAGCGCAGCAAGCAAAGAGUCGGAAAAAUUCAGGACUACCAAGGGAAGCCCUUCCCAGUCUUCAUCUAAGCCCAUCACCACUGAGAAAACAAGCACAUCCAAUUGCCCUGCUCCUCUGGAAGGAAGGGAGGCCAGCCAUGCUUCCCUGGCUGGUUCCUGUGCCGCGCCCGGGGCACAAGGCAGUGCGCAGGGCGGAAAUGGUGCUGUCCAACUCCCUCAACAGCAGCAGCACAGCCACCCCAACACCGCCACGGUGGCUCCCUUCAUUUAUAGAGCACAUUCAGAAAAUGAAGGUACCUCUUUACCAUCUGCCGACUCCUGUACCAGCCCCACUAAGAUGGAUUUAUCAUAUAGUAAGACAGCUAAGCAGUGCCUAGAGGAGAUAUCUGGUGAAGACCCUGAAACAAGAAGAAUGAGAACAGUUAAAAACAUAGCAGAUUUGAGGCAGAAUUUGGAAGAGACUAUGUCUAGUCUUCGUGGGACCCAGAUAAGCCACAGCACCCUCGAGACAACAUUUGACAGCACCGUGACGACAGAAGUGAAUGGAAGGACCAUACCCAACUUGACAGGUCGACCUACUCCCAUGACCUGGAGGUUGGGCCAGGCGUGCCCUCGACUUCAGGCUGGAGAUGCUCCCUCCCUGGGUGCUGGCUACCCCCGCAGCGGUACCAGUCGCUUCAUUCACACAGACCCCUCAAGGUUCAUGUACACCACGCCUCUCCGUCGAGCUGCUGUCUCUCGGCUAGGAAACAUGUCACAGAUGGACAUGACUGAGAAAGCAAGCAGUGACCUGGACGUGUCUUCUGAAGUUGAUGUUGGUGGAUAUAUGAGCGAUGGAGAUAUCCUUGGGAAAAGUCUCAGGACUGAUGACAUCAACAGUGGGUACAUGACAGAUGGAGGGCUGAACCUGUAUACUAGAAGUCUGAACCGAAUACCAGACACAGCCACUUCCAGGGAUGUCAUCCAGAGAGGAGUUCAUGAUGUGACAGUAGAUGCAGACAGCUGGGAUGACAGCAGUUCGGUGAGCAGUGGUCUCAGUGACACCCUGGAUAACAUCAGCACUGAUGACUUGAACACCACUUCCUCAGUCAGCUCUUACUCCAACAUCACAGUCCCUUCCCGGAAGAACACUCAGCUGAAGACCGAUUCAGAAAAACGAUCUGCAGCAGAGGAGCCCUGGGAUAGUACAGAGGAACUGAAAAAAACCGAGGAGGACUUUGAUAGCCAGGGGGAUGGGGGUGGCAAGUGGAAGAGCGUUUCUGCCGGACUUCCUGAAGACCCCGAGAAGGCGGGGCAGAAAACCUCCCUGUCUGUUUCACAGACAGGUUCCUGGAGGAGGGGCAUGUCCGCCCAAGGAGGAACGCCAUCUAGGCAGAAAGCUGGGACCAGUGCACUCAAGACCCCUGGAAAAACCGAUGAUGCCAAAGCUUCUGAGAAAGGGAAAACUCCCCUGAAAGGAUCGUCUCUACAGAGGUCUCCUUCGGAUGCAGGAAAAAGCAGUGGGGAUGAGGGGAAAAAGCCGCCCUCGGGCAUUGGACGAUCAACGGCCACUGGCUCUUUCGGGUUUAAGAAACCAAGCGGGGUGGGGUCAUCUCCGAUGGUCACAAGCAGUGGAGCCGCCAUAACGAGCGGUUCCGCAACGCUGGGUAAAAUCCCCAAAUCUGCCGCCAUCGGUGGGAAGGCCGGUGCGGGGAGGAAAACCAGUUUGGAUGGCUCCCAGAAUCAGGAUGAUGUGGUGCUGCAUGUUAGCUCCAAGACUUCCCUCCAGUACCGCAGCUUGCCCCGCCCUUCGAAAUCCAGCCCCAGCGGCAUCCCGGGCAGAGGUGGCCACAGAUCCAGCACCAGCAGCAUUGAUUCCAACGUCAGCAGCAAGUCAGCCGGGGCCACCACCUCAAAACUCAGAGAACCCACCAAGAUUGGGUCGGGGCGUUCCAGUCCUGUCACUGUCAACCAGACGGACAAGGAGAAGGAAAAAGUAGCAGUCUCAGAUUCAGAGAGUGUUUCUCUGUCAGGUUCCCCCAAAUCCAGCCCCACAUCUGCUAGUGCCUGUGGGACCCAAGGGCUCCGGCAGCCAGGAUCCAAGUAUCCUGACAUUGCCUCUCCGACAUUUCGAAGGUUGUUUGGGGCCAAGGCAGGUGGCAAAUCUGCCUCCGCACCUAGCACGGAGGGUGUGAAAUCCUCCCCAGUAAUGCCCAGUCCUAGUACCACAUUAGCGCGGCAAGGCAGUCUGGAGUCGCCGUCGUCCGGCACGGGCAGCCUGGGCAGCGCUGGCGGGCUCAGUGGCAGCAGUAGCCCUCUCUUCAAUAAGCCCUCAGACCUAACUACAGAUGUCAUAAGCUUAAGUCACUCGUUGGCUUCCAGCCCCGCGUCGGUUCACUCUUUCGCCUCGGGUGGUCUCGUGUGGGCUGCCAACCUGAGCAGUUCCUCUGCUGGCAGCAAGGACACUCCGAGCUACCAGUCCAUGACUAGCCUCCACACGAGCUCGGAGUCCAUUGACCUCCCCCUCAGCCACCAUGGCUCCCUGUCUGGACUGACCACAGGCACCCACGAGGUGCAGAGCCUGCUCGUGAGAACGGGUAGUGUGAGAUCUACUCUCUCAGAAAGCAUGCAGCUUGACAGAAAUACACUACCCAAAAAGGGACUAAGAUACACCCCGUCAUCUCGGCAGGCCAACCAAGAAGAGGGCAAAGAGUGGUUACGCUCGCAUUCCACUGGAGGGCUGCAGGACACCGGCAGUCAGUCACCCCUGGUCUCCCCUUCUGCCAUGUCGUCUUCUGCAACAGGAAAAUACCACUUUUCCAACUUGGUGAGCCCAACCAGUCUGUCUCAGUUUAACCUUCCGGGGCCGAGCAUGAUGCGUUCCAACAGCAUCCCAGCCCAGGAUUCCUCCUUCGAUCUCUAUGACGACGCCCAGCUCUGUGGGAGUGCCACAUCUCUGGAGGAGAGGCCACGGGCCAUCAGCCAUUCGGGCUCAUUCAGGGACAGCAUGGAAGAAGUUCACGGCUCUUCAUUAUCUCUGGUCUCCAGCACAUCUUCUCUUUACUCUACGGCUGAAGAAAAGGCUCAUUCAGAGAGUUUGGAAAGUGAAGACAACUCUUUUCGUUCCAAUUCUUUGCAAGUAGAAAAAGAGGGAAGAUGCUGUUAUAGCUGUCAGCAGAUGGCACUUGAAGGAGAGCUUCCUUUCCAUAGAGGAGCUAACAAUAUCUUCAAAGGUCACCGUGCAGACAUGUUCCUUCCAUUUUGUUCACAGGCUCACCUCGUAGCAGCUUUUGAAAAGAGUUUAGGGAAUAUGACUGGCCGACUGCAAAGUCUGACCAUGACAGCGGAACAGAAGGAAUCUGAACUGAUAGAACUAAGGGAAACCAUUGAAAUGCUCAAGGCCCAGAACUCAGCUGCCCAGGCGGCCAUUCAAGGGGCACUGAACGGUCCAGACCACCCUCCCAAAGAUCUCCGCAUCAGAAGACAGCAUUCCUCUGAAAGUGUUUCUAGCAUCAACAGUGCCACAAGCCAUUCCAGCAUUGGCAGUGGUAAUGAUGCUGACUCCAAGAAGAAGAAAAAGAAAAACUGGGUGAACUCUAGAGGAAGUGAGCUGAGAAGCUCAUUCAAACAAGCCUUUGGGAAGAAAAAGUCCACCAAGCCUCCUUCCUCGCACUCGGACAUUGAGGAGCUGACGGACUCUUCCCUGCCAGCCUCCCCUAAGUUGCCCCACGGUGCCGGUGACUGUGGCUCAACCUCCAUGAAGCCUUCACAGUCCGCCUCCGCGUCACCCCUUGCCUGGCCACCAAAGAAACGGCAAAAUGGCCCUGUGAUCUACAAGCAUAGAUCCCGGAUCUGUGAAUGCACAGAGGCUGAGGCAGAGAUAAUUCUGCAGCUGAAGAGUGAGCUCAGAGAAAAGGAAUUAAAAUUAACGGAUAUUCGGCUGGAAGCCCUCAGCUCUGCUCAUCAUCUUGAUCAGAUCCGGGAAGCCAUGAACCGGAUGCAGAAUGAGAUUGAAAUUCUGAAGGCUGAAAAUGACCGGCUGAAGGCGGAAACCGGAAACGCCGUGAAGCCUGCUCGGCCCCCGUCGGAGUCCUCCAGCAGCACCUCCUCCUCAUCGUCCCGACAGUCACUGGGGCUUUCUCUGAACAAUCUGAACAUCACGGAGUCUGUGACCUCAGAUAUUCUGCUCGAUGAUGCCGGUGAUGCAACGGGACAUAAAGAUGGUCGCAGUGUGAAAAUUGUAGUUUCCAUAAGCAAGGGCUACGGUCGAGCAAAGGACCAGAAGUCUCAGGCCUAUUUGAUAGGAUCCAUUGGUGUUAGUGGAAAAACCAAGUGGGAUGUCUUAGACGGUGUGAUUAGACGUCUCUUUAAGGUAAGCUGUGCAAGGUAUCCGGAUACGAGUUUUCAAAUGUGUUUCUCUUUGGACGCUUUCCUCAGCUUCAACGAAAUACCAAAGAAAGUGCUUUGCAAGGACUGCCUUCCUCCGGCUAACAAAGCCCGUAGCCAGUUGAUGCUACAUUUUUUAAUUCUAGCGUAUGUAGGACGUUAAGGCACGCUCUCCCCUUUGUUUCUCCCUUCAGGGGUAGAAGAAAACAGUUUGGACAGUUUUGUUUUUGAUACGCUGAUUCCUAAGCCAAUUACUCAAAGGUACUUUAACUUGUUGAUGGAGCAUCACAGAAUUAUACUCUCGGGACCUAGUGGUACUGGAAAGACCUAUUUAGCAAACAAACUUGCCGAAUAUGUAAUAACCAAAUCCGGAAGGAAGAAGAUGGAGGAUGCAAUUGCCACUUUUAAUGUGGACCACAAGUCUAGCAAGGAAUUGCAACAGUACCUAGCUAACCUGGCCGAACAGUGCAGUGCUGAUAAUAACGGUGCAGAGCUUCCUGUUGUAAUAAUUCUUGAUAAUCUUCAUCACGUGGGCUCUCUGAGUGAUAUCUUCAAUGGUUUCCUCAACUGUAAAUACAACAAAUGUCCGUAUAUCAUUGGGACGAUGAAUCAGGGAGUUUCUUCAUCACCAAAUCUAGAGCUGCAUCACAAUUUCAGGUGGGUACUAUGUGCAAACCACACAGAACCAGUGAAGGGCUUUUUAGGCAGGUAUCUACGAAGGAAACUGAUAGAGAUGGAAAUUGAAAGUAACGUACGCAAUAAUGACCUAGUCAAAAUUAUAGAUUGGAUACCCAAGACGUGGCAUCAUCUCAACAGUUUUUUGGAAACACACAGUUCUUCUGAUGUUACCAUUGGUCCUCGACUUUUCCUUCCGUGCCCCAUGGAUGUGGAAGGUUCUAGAGUAUGGUUCAUGGAUCUCUGGAACUAUUCUUUGGUACCUUAUAUUCUGGAGGCAGUGAGAGAAGGUCUUCAGAUGUAUGGGAAACGUGCACCCUGGGAGGAUCCCUCAAAGUGGGUGCUUGACACAUACCCAUGGAGCUCGGUGUCUUUGCCUCAGGAGGGCCCAGCGUUACUUCAGCUGCGACCAGAAGAUGUUGGGUAUGAGGGCUGCGUAUCCACGAAGGAAGCUACAACCUCAAAGCACAUUCCACAAACAGACACAGAGGGGGAUCCCUUGAUGAAUAUGCUAAUGAAACUCCAAGAAGCAGCCAAUUACUCGGGCACACAGAGCUGCGACAGUGAUAGUGCCAGCCACCCUGAAGACGUUUUGGAUUCCUCUCUUGAAUCUACCCUCUAGAGGGUGGAAAAAAAAAGGGGGGGAAAUGACUAUGCUUUAAAAAAAAGUUUAAAAAGAAGGUAUUUUCACUAAACCACUGCCAGUAUGAAAGCACCCUGUCAAGGGCCCUGACCCAGAGUCAUGGUAUCCAAGGAGGCAGCAGAACUAAGUCUGAACCACCAAGAUGCGAAACGGACACGGAAGCUUAACUUUCUUUUAUUUCUAGACAUUUUUCUGUCCGUGGAGUGAUGUAAGGCUCCAUUACUCAACUGGAAAGGACCCUCAGGACAGGGCACCUGAUAGAUUGCACACGGGAUAGCCAAACUGGACUUUAUGUUUUUCCUCUUUGAAAGUUUACAACGCAGACCUUUUUUAUUUCGUUGUUGUUCGUUCCUUCCUUUUGUUUCCUCUGAGGGGCUGUUCUCCCCAAGCAGGGUCCAUUCUUCUGAUCCGUCCAACCUCCUUUGGGCCACACGGUGCUGGUCUCAGAGCUCCGGUAGUGUUUGUGUUGUGUGCUCACCCCCAUUCCGCAAGGCAGAGGCCAGGCCUCCGGAAGCACAAAAGGCAAGGUGUGACCCCCAGGGAAACACUGCUGUGGCAAUCUGGAUAAGUGCCAAUGUAAUUCUCAACUGCCAUGUUCACGGGAUGUGCUCCAGCAACUUUUUAGUGUCUGAGUCACAGGUUUUAUAAGGUUGUUUUUACCACCGUGGUCUUUUUAAACCACCUGCCCACUCCCUUAAAAAGAGUUUUAUACCAAUUAUUAGUCAACACUGACAAAAGGCUUUUUUAGGGCUUUGUUUGUUUGAGCCUUUUCAGUGACAAGAAGAAACAUUUCCUAUGGUGCUGUCUCACUGCCUUAAAACAGAUUUCUACAACAGUUGAACACUUGGUUUAAAUCUUAAACCCUUGCUGAUUUCCACGGUCUUUUCCUUUCCAACCCAGCAACGCCAGUUAACACAGUAGCCUUGUCUCUCUCUAAUCUCGCUCAAAUUCUUUUGUUUGUUUGUUUGUUUUUAAGAAAUGGAUAGGAGAAAGAGGAGUAUUUUUUCCUUCGGGAAUAGAUUGCUUUGCCCAUCCUCCGAAAUAGUCAAGUCACCCAGAAACCCUCUCUGACCAUCACUUCAAAGCUAAGCCCUGUGGCGAAAUUCCAUCCAGAUCCAGGUAAAAGAGUUUCAGAAGGUGGGAGAUUUUUGCAUUCUUAUCCAGCAAAGCUGGAAGCAUUUGGCACAGCAUGAGCACAACUGUUUGGCUUUCCUCCCCUAUUCUUUUUGUUGGGUUUUUUGGGUUUUUUUCUUAACUAUGAUGAGUUUUGAGCAUGUUGUUUUGAUGGCUGUUGUUUUACAUGAGAAAUUCAGCACUCGAGAACACUGAAGCGGUGAAGUCACUGUGGAGGAAGGCGCGUUGAUACUGUAAAAGAAGGUUAGAUUUGCACAGUCUACUGGGUAGGUAUUGUAAAUAAUCUUUUUUAAAACUUGCACAAAUCGAAACAAAUACAACAACAACAACAACAAAAAGUGUAUUUUAUCCCGUUGGUGUUAAGAGGUGUUUCACUUGCCGAGAUCGGUCCCUGUACGUUGCAAACAAAUACAGAAUGCCAACCCUCAACGCUGUUAUUAUCUGGUGUGUUUGUCCUGUAUUUACAGUUGUUCUGACUAUGCGGGAGCUAUCAGUGCUAGGGUGAGCAUGCUUCUAAACUGUCCAUGAAGCCAGUACAUUUUUGGAAAAGUGAAAAAUGUCUACAAGUGCAUCUGUCGUGGCAGGCUUUAAAGAGAGUGCAUGAAAACCGAUGGGAGUGACUGGAGAAGUUACCACCACACACAGAGGACAGGUUUUAAAUCUCUCAACCCAAGGGCUAGGCCAUGGUGUAGACUUGUCCUGUGCGUGUGGAAAUGUGCUACUUUCAGGGCGCGUAAUUGGUGCUACUCUCUGUGACCACCCGCGGGUCCGUUGCUGUGGAACAGUAACAGCACAGGACACCCGUGCCAGUGGUCAGAGUGUCGCUCGGUCUCUAGGUCGUCCACGGUGCUACUGCCCUAAGGGAAAUCCGGACUGAAUUUAUGCACACAGAAUCGUCACCCUGACUUUGAAGCCUCAAACAUGGAUCAAAUCUGUUGUGAAACAUCGAACAACGUAGCUGGACGAGUGACUGGUUGCCCUUGUAUCAUACGUGAUCUAAGAAAACUGCGAAUCCCUCCCUGCCAUUUUGAGAACCACAGUCCAAACAUGAACAUAAACAGAAGUUCCUGCAAUACAUCCCAGUAGGUCCUCCUAGUUUACAACUUAAACUAGUUUGUGAAACAUUUGUCUGUAUACAUUUUAUAUUUUGUACAUUUUUGAUGUAACAUAUCAUGUAAAUAGACAGAAACAGUGAAAUAAAUCAUCUGGAAAGUUUUGUAGUCUUUGUAAAGCCCGGCGAUAAGUACUUGGUGUCAAUGGACUUAACUGGGUGAUGUAUUUUCUAUUGGUCGGUUGUUCCUCUAGCUUGUAAACCAGCUUGCAUAUAUUUUUUUGCAGAUGUGCACCCUGUAUCUGUCUAAAUUAUUACUUUGCCAUUAAAGUGGAAUUAUUUAUUGACAA